AUAUAUAUAUAUAUAUAUCUAUUAAUCUCCAUAUCUUUGCCAACAAACCCAACAAUCUUUGGAAACAAAUCACCCUUUCGUUUUUAUUUAAAUUUCUUGGGUCGUUUCUUAAAUUUGUAUGUGUUUAUUAAUGGAGAUCAACAAUAAUGCCAACAAUACUAAUACUAAUAAUAAUCACAAGGCAAAGAUGAGCCUUGUGUUGUCAACAGAUGCUAAGCCAAGAUUGAAAUGGACUUGUGAUCUUCAUCACAAAUUCAUCGAAGCCGUUAAUCAACUUGGAGGACCUAACAAAGCAACACCUAAGGGUUUGAUGAAGGUUAUGGAGAUUCCUGGGCUUACCUUAUACCAUCUCAAGAGUCAUUUACAGAAAUAUCGGUUAGGGAAAAGCAUGAAGUUCGAUGAUAACAAGCUCGAAGCAGUUUCCUCUGCUUCAGAAAAUCAAGAACCUGAGAGCAAAAAUGAUUCUAGAGAUCUCCGCGGCUGCAGUGUCACAGAAGAAAACAGCAAUCCAGCUAAAGAAGGGUUGCAAAUCACGGAGGCUUUACAAAUGCAGAUGGAAGUUCAGAAGAAACUUCAUGAACAAAUCGAAGUUCAGAGGCAUUUGCAGGUGAAGAUUGAGGCACAAGGAAAGUAUUUACAGUCAGUUUUAAUGAAAGCUCAACAAACUCUCGCUGGCUACACAUCUUCAAAUCUCGGCAUGGAUUUCGCGAGAACGGAGCUCUCUAGAUUAGCUUCAAUGGUGAACAGAGGCUGUCCAAGUUCUUCAUUCUCAGAGCUAACGCAAGUAGAAGAAGAGGAAGAAGCAGAAGAAGGUUUCUUCUGGUGCAAGAAACCAGGAAACAGGGGAAUUAGUCAGCUGAGAUGUUCAGUAGAGAGCUCGUUGACGUCUUCGGAAAGCUCAGAGAUAAAACUGGAAAAUGACAAUAACCUUAAUAAAUCAAUUGAGCUUCCGUUGAUGGAGAUCACAUCUGAAGUGAUAACAGGUAAGAAGAGAAGCUUAAACGACGUCGUUUGUGUUGAACAGCAGCCUCUAAUGAAGAGGGCUUUUGAAGUUGAUGAUGAUGAGCUCUUGAGGUUGAGUUUGAAUAGUUACAAGAAAGACAUGGAGACGUGUCCGAACAUAUGACUAGGGUUUAAUUGAAAAAAAGAAACAUUUUACUAAAGUUAUAUAAAAAUGUUUUAAAAGAAUCCAAUAAUAUAUAUAUCCGUAGAUUUCCAUAGAUUAUUGUAGAGAUUUUGUGAGUAAGUCGCGGUGAAGAACGCAUGGGAAUAUUCUAUAUGAGUCAACAACAUGAUAUAAUAUAUUAUAUAGAAAAUGUGUGAUAUGUGUGUAUAGAUUAGGUAGGGAGGCUUGUGGGUGUGGUAAAGGCGGAUUUGGGGGAAACUUUUUAUGAUCAAUGAAAGAAGCAAAAUGAUUAAAUUAGA